AUGUAUGUAAAUAGAAACGUUUUAUUGCAGAUAUCUUUACGUUUAACUAAAUCCAAAAGACAUUUUUGUGCUGGAACCAUAAUAAACACCAAUUGGAUUUUAACAGCCGCUCAUUGCUUUACCUACAUUAAAAGAGCCGACGAAUUCUUGAUUCAAUACAACUCAACGCUACUUAAUCCCAUCCAGCCACAAUAUGCCAUUGCCUCCGAUGUAAUACAACACGAGGGAUAUAAUCCAACCAUUACCAUCCAUGACAUAGCGCUAAUCCGACUAAAGGAUCCUAUAAACUUGACUACAAAUUUACGCGAAGUGCAACUAGAUAAUGGUUACAACAUGAGCUAUGAAACCAUCACAGGAUACUUAGUAGGAUGGGGCUUAAAUGGGACCGACGGCGUACUGGCAAAUCAAUUAGAGAAAGUAAAUUUGGAAAUUAUCACAUUAGACGAGUGUCGCAAGUGCCUAAAAUCGUUCAUACAUAAUUCGAACCUGUGUGCUGGGGGAGUUCAGAAAGGUCAGUGUUCUGGAGACUCUGGUGGACCAUUGUUGCAUGAAAAUAAACAGAUUGGUUUAGUAUCAUGGAGCUUAAAACCCUGUGCUUCUAAGCCAGGCAUUUUUACAAAUUUAUCGUAUUAUACCAAGUGGAUAAAAGAAACAAUAAAACACCAAAUCAAAUAA